UAUAUUAGAGGCUGAAGCUGAUGGCUUAAUUUAUGAAGUCGCUAAGGAGGUAGUGCAAGCAUACUUACAAUUACCAAUCAUCAAAACAUUUGGAGAAAUAAGAAAAUGUCCUUACCGGAGCUUGAGCUCCCUGGCUUCCGUUUUCAUCCCACUGCUGAAGAACUCAUCAACUUCUACCUCAAAAGGAUUAUCAAAGACAAAAAACUUGACUCCAAUGUCAUUGCCUUUGUCAACAUAUAUCUCCACGAUCCUUGGGAGUUACCUGGAUUGGCAAGAAUAGGGGAAAGAGAGUGGUAUUUUUUUGUACCAAUAAACAGAAAACAUGGUCCUAAAGGGAAGCCUAACAGAACAACAAGAAAUGGUUUCUGGAAGGCAACUGGUUCUGAUUGCCAAAUUCGUUCAACAUUAGACCCGAGGAAGGUUAUUGGGCUCAAGAAGACUUUGGUUUUCUAUGGUGGAAGGGCACCUAAAGGGUGCAGAACUGAUUGGGUCAUGAACGAGUACAGACUUCCUGAUGGCCACCCCUUACCUAAGGAUCAUGACAUAGUACUUUGCAAAGUUUACAGAAAGGCAACUUCCUUUAAAGUAUUGGAGCAAAGGGCAAUAGUUGAAGAACAUGCAGCAAAAAGACCCCCAACAUCACAUGACAAUCUUGGUCCUUUAGUCCCUCAAGAAGACUUGGAAUCAUCAGCCUCACAUAAUUUUAGAAGCUUCCAAGAAGAAAAUCAUAACACCACCAUUAAGCUACCUCAAUUAUCAAGUCCCCUCUGGACUGAACUACAGAGCACAGGGCAAGACUUGUGGAGUCUAUUUUCUUUGUCCUGAAGAGACUAAUUACUUACCCAUUUAAGCUUAGAAUGACAUAUUUCAAUAUGAAAGUCUUUUACACGACUCAUUAAAGUUUGAUGUCGGAAUAAAUAAGUUGUCUCUUUCAUAGGGGAAAUUAUGAUUGUAAUCUGACAGUUUUAACUCUAUUGCUGUUUUGCCUGAUGAGGCAUUAUAAGGAAUCUUCAUGUAAAAUGUAAAUUACCUUCCCCUUUCUUUGGGUUAUGAUGGCUUCUUUAUGCAAUCAACGACAACAACAACAAUCCAGUAAGAUCACAUAUGUGGGGUUUGGGGAGGCUUCUUUAUGCAAUCAAAUAGCCCAUAUGUUCAACCA